AUGGUUGCAGAAUACGAAUCCAAGACCGCCGUCCAGAGCGAACCAGCCGGGCAGGUGGACCAUAUUGACCAUGCCCCUGGCCUGGACCACGUUGUCUUCAAUGCCCACGAUGCGGAGGUCGCGGCUGGGGAAGUUUUGGCCCUGGUUGAUACCGCCGACAUGUCAUGCAUAGGCGAUCUGAAGCUGGCAAAGGAUCACCACACGGUCCUGUUUCCACAGCCGAGUAGUUCGCCACAUGAUCCACUCAAUUGGUCGUGGAUGCGCAAGCAUGCUCUGCUGGCUUCACUCUGCCUGGGCUCCUUUCAGUGCGAUUUCACUGCCGGCAUUAUCUCUGCGGUCGUCCUACAGGGAGCCGAAUGGAACUUGAGCCCCAACAAGGUCAACGAAGCAAGCAGUCUCAACAUUCUCAUGAUCGGUAUCGGUGGUUUCAUCUGGAUUCCGUUCAUCAAUUUCUGGGGACGCGCCCCCGUAUUGUUCUGGACCGCCUUGUUGGGCUUUGCCUUUACGCUGGGAUGCGCAGUGGCACCUAACUUCUCGACCUACUACGCCAUGCGAGGCUUACAGUCGACCUUCCAGUCGUCCUACCUCUCCGUUGGUCUUGCCUGUAUCACCGACGUCUUCUUCUUCCACGAACACGCGCGGAAGAUUGGUAUCUGGAUCGCCUGUGUCUUGACUGCGCCCUAUUUUGGACCAAUUUUUUCCAAUUUCAUGCUUUACUAUCUUGUCGAAUGGCGGCCCGUAACGUGGAUGAUUACGGCCGUGUCAGGCCUCAACCUUGUCCUCACUCCAUUCCUGAUUGACGAAUCGUUUUACAACCGCAAUCUCCCUGCGGAAAGCCAACCACACAGAGGCAACAAGAUAUCGCGUAUCUUGGGCAUUUGGCAGAUCCGCAACCACAGCUACUUCAUGCCUGUCGGCACUGCGUUUUUGAGGUACCUGAAGGUUUGCCUGAAGCCUUUGGUUAUACUCUCGUUCAUCUACUUCCUUCUAGCGUACAUGUGGUUUAUCGGCACCGGUAUUGCUGCGCCAAUCCUGCUCCAGACACCCCCUAGCUACGGCGGCUACGGCUUCAGCAAUAAGGCCGUGGCGUGUAUGUACUUUGCGCCACUGGUGGGCGUCCUUUUAGGGGAAUCUUUCGGCCAUUUCUUCAACGACUGGCUGGCGUUGAGCUACAUCAAGAAGCACAAAGGUGUCUUCGUGCCCGAGGUCCGACUCAAGGCCAGCUUCCUUGCCACAGUGUUCAUGGUUCCCGGCCUCAUUCUACUGGGCCAAGUCCUGGGCAAACACCUGCACUGGGUGGGCAUCGCGUUCGGCUGGGGCAUGUACACAUUUGGCGCCUGUGUCACCGCUGUCGCCCUGUUUGCAUACCUGUCCGAUUCGUAUCCCACCGCCUCGGGUGAAUGCAGCGCCAUACUCAACCUCUCGAGGUGUAUGGGCGGGUUUGCGGUUGGUUACUUUGAAUUGCCUUGGGGCCUCAAGGAUGGUUAUCCAGUUUCCUUUGGUGUACAGGCGGCACUUGUGGUUUCUUCGGUCUUCUUCCUCAUCGCCUUCAUGUUUUUCGGCAAGGCUCUAAGAAGGUGGGGCGGUCCCGUUGAGCACUGA